AUGCAUCACAAAUCCAAGGCCCCUCCCCGGAGAGCGGGCAAAUCUCUUUCCGUUGGACCAUUGAGCGGAGAUAGAAAACGACGGGCGUCCUCUUCAGUAUCCAGUGUGUCUUCGGUAUCAUCCGUGGAGGAUCUCAGUGAUGCCCCAGACAAUUCGUCAGAGGACGAUGCAGAUGAUGAGGAAGACCCGCCGGCCCCCGCCUACCACAAGGACAAGGGCCGGAAAUCGGCCCCUGAACCCGCGAAGAAGACCAUUAACAAUCGGAAUAAGAAACAAACUACGAAGAAGAAGAAGACCGCAAGGAUAUCAGAUGACGAACUUUAUGAUGAUGACAAUGAUUCAGAGGACAGCUCCGAUGAUGUCUACGCCGCAGUUGACUACAUCUCGGAUGGGGACGGCGAGGACCAAGACAUGGAGAAGCUGGAGGAGAUGAUGAUCCUCGAGUCGGAAAGCGAGAGCCACAUUGGUAACUUGCUGUCGACGGUGGAUGUGGGGGAUGCUGAGACCUGGGCUGGCCCCACCAACAUCUUCGACGAUCACAUGUUGCUCACAGGGACUUCGUUCUUUGAUGAGGAUCAGCUCUACAGCGCCAUGGAGAACUUUGGUGAGACUGAUCUGGCCAGCGAGGCCAUUGAGACCCCAAUGCAAGUACCCCGCCAUGUACACUUUGAAGCCCAGUCCGAGUCCUCGUCCGACAGCGACUCGCAUACCGAGGACGAGGUCCCCGGUGAUUUCCUCCAACAGGACAGUCUAGACCCCCAGUUGCGCCGUAUGAUUGAGCACGACAAUGAAAACACAGGCAAGCAGAACCGACGUCGGAUGUCAAAUGACGACAUGUUUGGCGAGUCCGACUAUGGCCAUUCCAACAUUUACCACGUCGAGUCUGACGCUGUUGAUGAGAAGUCGGAGUCCAGUGGUUAUGAGACCGAUGAUGGCGAGACUACAGAUGAAGACUUGCCUCCGCCGGCCACCAUUACACAUCCCCGGUCCAUUUUGCGCCGUGACUCAUCGGCUUCCCUUGCUCCUCCCGCAGACGAGAACAAUGAGUCAACAACACGCCGGCGGGGUCCUCUCAUGGGAUCAUUUGUGCCAGAUCCCCACAAACCGGUGGCUCUUGUGGACUGCACCGGCAAGCAUCUCGUCAUCAUUCCAGCUUAUGCCUCCUCUCGUCAUGACUGGCUAGAGUCGACCAGUAACAGUAUGCCGGGCACGGCGAACAAUAGUCCCCGUGCCACCACGAUGCAGAUCAUCGAUGAGAGUGACACGGAUGCCCUGGCCUCUCCUAACCAUGCUGAUUUCAGUCCCAUGUUGGCCUCUGGUGCCAACCUGAUGAUGACCGCACUGGGUAACGACCUCGCUCCGGGUGGUCAGGUUAUGGGUCCUCCGGAGGCUUUUUACCCUUCGCAAGACAUCACCAUUGAUUCGUCAUUUGAGGAUGACGACGAUGAAGAUCCAGAAUCGGCUUUGAACGUCAAUGACUUCAUUGACUUUGGUGACGGCUCGUCCGAUGAGGAUAUGGAGGAGAAGCAAUUCGAAGAUGACCUUACUUCCCCUGCUGUCACCAACCAUGUCCCGAUGGUCGACGCGGGGAGUCCCACGCCAACGCGGACGGCCGAAACGCAGCAGCAGACGAACAGUGCGGAGCGGUUCUUGAACCACCUCGACCGGGGUAUUGUGACAGCGUUCCGUCGCAACCACAACCGGUAUCAGGCAUUGCUGCGUCUUCCGCAACACCGUGAAUUCAUGCCUGCCAACUCCCCUGCCCGACCCGCUAGCGUGUUCCGACAUGCUCGUUUGGCAGACCAACGCACUCCCACGCGGAAGCGCAGAAACGGUAACACGGGUGACGCCGUCCGGCGAAAGCUGAUGGACGCGCACCGUCGCAACCACCUUCCGUUUUAA